CUAAAACAUAAUACAGUGCAAACAAACCAAACCAACCACCCACAGAUAACAGUACAUACAAGCAAGCGUCGUCAGGCAGGCCGGGUCAAUAUCAAUAGGGCAGGUAGGUACAGGGGGAGCAAGCGGAGAUGGGUCGGGGUCACAGGCCAGGUUCAGCAGGUAGCAAGCAGCGUGGUACAGAGGGUCAGGCAGAGGGAUGGUCAGGAGCGAGCCGGGAUCAGAGCAGGAGAAGUCAGCAGCGGUUCAGAUCAGGCAGUGUCAGCAAAGGAACAGAAACAGGAUGCAGGACAGAUACAGGGCCCAGGACAAACACAACACCCAAGGCAGAGUCUGCAAGUCUGGCCA